UGUACUCACUAAAACGUAGCAAGUGCAUAGGUAGAUUAUACAAACAGUGGUUUUUAGAUGAAAACAACUAGGAUUUACUUCCUGAACACCCCGGACGAAUAGUUUUAAAUGCUGCGCACCCUUUCCGGCCUGCGUGGGCAGUGCCAGCAGCUGCUGAGGAGCACCUUCACGCCCCAUCACAGUGGCCAACGACCACAACAACUUUUGCCAUGCCGCUUCCGGAUGAAAUCUACCGAUUCACCAGGCGCAGCAGCGCGCAAGCUGCGGCUCAAGAGUACUUUGUACUACAUCACAGCCGGAGGAGUGCUCAUUGUGGGUCUGAGCUAUGCGGCAGUGCCGCUGUACAGCAUUUUCUGCCAAGCAUACAGCUACGGAGGCACCACGUCGCAGGGUCACGACUCCGAAAAGGUGGAGCAUAUGGUGAAGGUGAACGAUCGUGUGCUCAAAAUACGCUUCAAUGCGGACAUUGGCUCCUCCAUGCGCUGGAACUUCAAGCCGCAGCAAUACGAGAUCAAAGUGGCGCCCGGCGAGACCGCGCUGGCCUUCUACACGGCCAGAAAUCCUACGGACAAGGCCGUGAUUGGCAUCAGCACCUACAAUGUGAUCCCCUUUGAGGCUGGCGCGUAUUUCAACAAAAUCCAAUGCUUCUGCUUCGAGGAGCAGCAGUUAAACCCUCACGAGGAGGUGGACAUGCCCGUCUUCUUCUACAUUGACCCCGAAAUUACCCUAGAUCCGGCGCUAGAGCAUUGCGACACCAUCACCCUGUCCUAUACGUUCUUUGAGGCCAAAGAGGGUCUGAAACUGAACUUCCCCAGCUAUGCCAAGCCCCAUGCGGCGACUGCAUAGGGAAUACACUUCUUACCCCUUUGUUGAAAAGAAAUAAAUAUUUGUUACAUUAAUC